CAUGAAGUAGAGAAGUUAUGAAACCUUUACAUGUCCAGAGCAGCUGAAAGUAAACAGAGUUGCGUUGGAGGAUGUUAAAGUUUAUGUAGCUCAAUUUACGCUAAAUAAAAGAGAUCAUUUGUAUCAGCUGAUGUUUGUAAGCAAAUAUACAGCGUGUUAAUAGCAGAUUAAAUACACUUUAAUAGGAAUUUGGAGAAAAAUCAGUCAGGUUUUUAAAAGAAGACACGUUUUUAUCUGGAGCUCAGACAUGGAGGGACAUAACAUUGGACGGAUCUUGGUUCUUCUUCUAUCUUUGUUGGUUUUUAUCAUUGUUUUGACCUUCAACGCCUUGGCUGGAUUGGGAAAAGGACCGUUUUUACGCAGGACAGGAAACGUGUCAGAUUUGUAUGAGACUGAAAUCACUCCAGCUGGCUGGACUUUCUCCAUAUGGGGGAUUAUUUAUACCUGGCUUGUGUUGAUGAACGUGUAUUUUUUGAGCUGCAUCUGCAGACGGACUCCCAAUGGAUGGAUGUAUUCUAGUCCUGCUGUUCUUCCUUACGGAUUUUUCCUGUCCUGGAACAUUAACAUGCUCCUGAACUUAACCUGGCUCCUGUUAUGGGACAGAGAGUUUAUGAUUCCAGCACUAAUAUGUUUAGCGCUGAUUGCGUUCACUAGUUACCUCCUGAUCUUCUUCUCCUGUGUUGGUUUGCGAGCUCACGGAGCCUGGCUCAAACAGAAUCAUCUCACAGAUCUCCGCUGCAUCUAUGUGCUGGUUCAGAACGGUAUCGCCACUUACGCAACAUGGACGACUAUAGCUACGCUCCUCAACUUAGCCGUGGUGCUGGGUAUCGAAUCCACGUCCUCCACGAACGCGGCCACUGUUUCUCUGUGCCUUCUGCUUUUAGAAGUUGUCGUAUGGUUUGCUGUUGAGAACUUUGUCAUCGAGAAGCACGUGCGCUACGUUCUGACCAUCUACCCCGUCGUCAUCUUCGCUCUGAGUGGAAGCCUGAGCAAACACUAUGAUGCAGAAGCUCCAGGCAGAAACGCUGUGUUUACAGCUGUUCUCUUGGCGAUGGCCUGCGUUUUGUUCGUCAUCCGACUUUUCCUGGUGGUUUGGAGGAACCGUACUCAUCCUCUCUUCCAAGAAGGGUUAAUGACUCCUGAACACACUACAGAGAACUAGCAGUAUGGCUUUAAAAUAAUUUCACCAAAGCCUUUAAACUGUUUCCGUUCCACUGUAAAGAAACACAGCCUUUAACACUAAUACAUGAUUCACCUUGAUGAUGAUGAUGAUGAUGAUAUGCGGGACUUAUUCAUGUGCACUAACCAUAUAAACCUGAAACCUCUUUGACACAUGGCCAAAACAUACAUUCAUACAACUGCCUUGAGAAAAUAUUUGCUCAGACUUUUUUUUUUUAUAGACAUUUUUUUUACUCACUUUCCCACACCGAAUAUUCCAUUUGUCUCGUGAUGAUGAGAAGAAGAUUAACGAGAAGGCCGUAUUUAUAGCGUUGGAUAAUUCGAUGUGAAAUCUAGUAGACAAAACUAGCAAUUCUAUUCAUGUGAAAAGUAUCAUUAGUCGAAUUGAUUAAUUGUAAAUCUUAUCGAGCGCUGAAAGGUUUCCAUUUUUACUCUUGGCAGGACAUGCAUGUGUCCAGUCCAAAACUCUAAAUCUAAGCACAAAGCGUAACGGGCUUUAAUUAAGAGUCCAACCACUGCUCUUUGGCCAUGAGUGGCUUCUCAAUAAGUAUGGAAACAGUGGACAUUCAUCACGAUUGUUUUCCUUAAAGAUGUCCUUACUGAUAUCUGAAGGAGUGUCACAAUGGUUUAUGAAGAAUCUACUGAAUGGAAAGAAUAAAAAUAUGUAUGUACACACAUUGGGCAUGGUGGCUUUGUGGUUAGAAUGUUUGAAUUCGCAUCUUGAUUGAUACUUUUCUCUUGCUAUGUGGUUUUCCUCUGGGUUCUUCAGUUUCCUCCCCAAGCUCACGGCAUGUGUUGAUUGUGCCCGUGAUGGUUUGGCACCCCGUGGUACAUAUUAACAGAAUAUCUAAGCUUUGUGAUACAUUACAUUAAUUCUAUCCUUUAAUUGAACAUUUAUUAUACAUUUACAUCUACAUUAUUUUUUAUUUUCAUGUUAAAUGGGAACCUGUUCUUACUAGAGAAUCUAUAUAUUUUGAGAACAUGCAUAUUAAUAUAAACCUCAGACUUGCCUUGAAGCUAGAACUUAAUAUUCUAAUUUUUUUUGUAGUAACAUUACUAACCUCAUUAAUGUUUGGAUGUUUUCCUUUUAAUACAUGUUUGUGAUACUGUUUGAAUAAUAUGUCGAAUAAUAAAUGAAUGGACUAAG